AUGACUAAAUGCAAUGGAUGUGGUAAAUUCGUCUCGUCAACAGAGGGCGUUAAGUGUUACAAAUGUUCAGGUGUUUACGAUAGAAUUUGUAUAAAAUUAUCGAAAACUUACAAAGUCCCAAACGACUGGUUGUGCCCGGGAUGUGUAAGUAAGCUCCCCAGGCGGGACAAUACUGAGACACCCAUAAAGUCAUUCGAAACGCCAACCGCAAGAGCAAAUCCUCCAUCGGAUUAUAAUCAUUCAACUAUUCUUGAAGAAUUACAUGCAUUUAGGUCAGAUAUGAGAUCGCAACUAGCUAUGAUACGCGAAGAUAUUGCGGGUUUUAGUGACAAGAUGGAAGAACUAUCCAAAACAGUCGAUUGUGUUACUCAACGCUUGGAAACAAUUGAACAAAAAGUUGAAACAUUAGAAAAUAGCCAAAUUAACUCGUCUUCAAGCGCGGAACUCCAAAAUACUAUUACACAGCUAAAAAAGGAAUUAAACGAUCGAGAUCAGGAAUGCUUGCUCAUGGAUGUAGAUAUUACGGGCAUCCCGGAAACUCCGGGGGAAAACCUACAACAUGUUAUAAGUUUAGUUGCUAAAAAGUUGGCCAUAACCCUGGACGCAAAUGAUAUAGUGCACGCUCAAAGAAGCGGUCCUCAACGUUCGCGUGUCGAGACAAAUCGUGAGAACUCACCACGCCCUAUAUCUGUUCGCUUUGCAAGACGCUCACUACGUGACAAUUUCCUAAAAAAUGCGCGUGUAAGAAGAGGCGCAGAUACAACGGACCUCAGCCCUGGAAACAAUCCGCGGCGUUUCUAUGUGAAUGAGCGCUUAACUUAUAUGAAUAGACAAUUAUUUCACAAAGCGAGAUUAGAGGGAUGUAGACUCAAAUGGCGGUAUGUAUGGACCAAAGACGGUCGUGUAUACGCUCGCCGAGACACUGAUACGGUGGUUAAACGUAUACGAUCUGAGGCCGAUUUUGAAACGAUUUUUGGGUCUGGCUAG